GCCACAGGCCAGGAAUUGUGAGCGGCUGACGAACAUACCUCGUCAACUAGCUACUUUUACGAUAGAGGUCGUCUCUGAAAAGUAUUAGCGCACAGGGAAAGGUGCCACGCAAGAGCGGCCCGGCAACUCGACUGCAGCACGACCUUGGAUUGGAAAAGUAAGCACCAAAGAAAACAACGCCAUCGCCACCCGAAAAUAACAGUAGCGAGGCUCCCACUUCCUGGGGUGUGAGGGAUUGAUCUCCUGUCACCAUGGACAUGGACACCCAGCCACAAGGCCAGCAGGCAGCAGUACCCGUGUUCCAGCCACAGAAGCCGCUUCAGCCGGACAUGGGCCACAACUCUCUGGCUAACUUCCAGAUUGAGAAGAAGAUUGGGCGGGGCCAGUUCAGUGAGGUGUACCGGGCCAGGUACCUGAUGGACAACACCUCCAUGGCCCUCAAGAAGGUUCAGAUAUUCGACUUGAUGGAUGCCAAAGCUCGGCAAGAUUGCAUCAAAGAAAUAGAUCUCCUAAAGCAACUGAACCACCCAAACGUGAUCAAGUACCAUGCAUCAUUUAUUGAGGAGAAUGAGCUGAACAUUGUGUUGGAGCUGGCCGAUGCUGGUGACCUCUCCCGGAUGAUCAAGCACUUCAAGAAGCAGCGGAGGUUAAUUCCAGAGAGGACAGUGUGGAAGUACUUUGUCCAGCUGUGCAGUGCGCUGGAACACAUGCACUCCCGACGGGUCAUGCACAGAGAUAUAAAGCCAGCUAAUGUGUUCAUAACAGCCACAGGAGUGGUGAAGCUGGGAGAUCUGGGACUAGGACGAUUCUUCAGCUCUAAAACCACCGCUGCCCAUUCUUUAGUGGGGACCCCGUACUACAUGUCUCCAGAGAGAAUACAUGAAAACGGAUACAACUUCAAAUCUGACAUCUGGUCGCUAGGCUGCCUGCUCUACGAGAUGGCAGCUCUCCAGAGCCCGUUCUAUGGCGAUAAGAUGAACCUGUACUCUCUGUGUAAGAAGAUAGAGCAGUGUGACUACCCUCCGCUCCCUUCCGACCACUACUCUGAAGAGGAAAGCCCGGUUUCUCACUGUAGAGGAGAUCAUCACUCACCCCCGCAGCAAAAGAGAAGGCCUUUUCGGUGUCACAGGACCAAUCCGCCCAUCUGCCCUUGAUGCCAAAUGCAACACAGUUCUCUGCCCAGUGGCCAGAAAGACGGUUACUGGGUUGUCCCUCGAUCCAGUUUGUGAACGAGGAGUCAAUCUGGUCUGACCACAUCCAGGGCUCCCUGUCCAGGCUGAUCCACACCACCGGGUCACCAGCUACACCAGCUAUCUCGUCGUUCUCAUCCUGGUUACUCACGUGUGGUUGUCCCUGCACUGCAGUAGCUUUAAACCUCUCUGCAGCCCAUAGCCUCUCCUAUGUAAACACUAUUCUGCUGUAGCCCGAGCUGUAUGUGAGAAAGUAUGUACAGUACAAUCUAACACAGAUUUUACUUUACAUUUAGUCCCCCUUAAUAAAUACUUCAUUAAUGGUUUGUAAAGGCUGGAUAAGUAGUUUAAAUACUGUUAAUUGUGUUUUUAUAAAUCAGUAUAAAUAAGCGCUCAAUUGUAAAAGUGUCUCUGUGUGUGUGAUUGUAGUUUUUGAGAGCAGAAAAUAUUGAUUGAUUCUCCCUAUCGUAGCUG